AUGACUAGAUAUAAGGCUAAAAUAGAUUUAGAAAAUAAUUUGCUGACGCUGCAAAUUGAUGGUAAGCAUUGUAUUUUACCGAUUUUCGAUAAACCUGAUUAUAGCAACUCGUUAGUACUCGCACCUCGAAGUGAGUCUAUACAUUAUGUGUAUUUGAAUAAGGAAGUGGAAGAGGAUUAUUUUGUGUGCGCGAUAGAGAUAGAAAAGGAUGUAUUUUUGGCAGGAACUAUUGUUCAACCGAAAAAUAAACGCGUUCCAAUUAAGAUUUUAAAUACUAGAGAUGAGGAAAUAAGAUUAAACAAUUUUACUUUAGAUGUGGAACCUUUGAGAGAAUAUAACAUUUUUAAAUUUGUUCAAUGUAAAAGUAGCUCCAAUAGGGCUAAAUCUUUAUUACCUUUAUUAGAACAUAAUCAUUUAAACAAUGAAGAAAAAGAAUCCACUGAAACCAUUUGUUCUAAAUAUUCUGAUAUUUUCAUCUUACCAGGUGACAAAUUAGAAACCACUAAUAUUUGCGAACAUACCAUUACAUUAAAAAAUAAAACUAAUCCAAUAUAUACAAAACAAUAUAGAUUACCACAUGCAUUAAAAACUGAAGUAAAUAAACAAAUAACAAAGAUGCUCGAUGACGACAUUAUCGAGGAAUCUUCUAGCGAAUGGUCAAGUCCUAUACUAUUAGUACCUAAAAAGUAUGAAAGCUCACAGAAAUGGCGUUUAGUAAUCGAUUUCCGUAAAUUAAAUGAAAACAUUGUAGAUGAUAAAUUUCCGUUACCCAACAUAACAGACAUCUUAGACUCACUAUCUGGUUUAAUUUACUUUACUCAUCGAGAUUUACAACAAGGAUACUACCAAGUAAAAUUAGCACCUGAAAGCAGAAAAUACACAGCUUUUUCAACUAGUACAGGACAUUACCAAUUAAAACGUUUACCGGUGGGUCUUAAAACUUCCUGUAGUGCUUUCAGUAGGGUCAUGUCAAUAGCAAUGUCAGGACUAGCGUUUGAGAAGUAUUUCAUUUAUUUAGAUGACCUUAUUACGUUUGGAAGGUCUUUAGCUACUCAUAACCAACAUUUGAUAGACGUUUUUGAAAGAUUGAGGAAGGUAAAUUUAAAACUAAAUCCCGCUAAGUGUCAAUUUCUAAAAAAGAAAAUUUUAUAUCUUGGUCAUGUAGUAGCCGCUGAUGGUAUAGCACCUGACCCAGAAAAAACUAAAGCUAGAUAA